GCACAGGAUCAGUGUGUUGUGGUAAAAAGCUGUUUGUCUGGGGUAUGCCGUUGGAUUCUGCAUGCAGCAGUUGCAACUGCUCUUUGGGGUCGACCUUGUUUUUUUUUUUUCUUUCUUUUCUUUUUUUUUUUCGGGUCAGCUGCUUGGAUCAGGUGGCAAGAGUUGACUGUUGGGAUUCCAUCGCAGGAAGGGUAUAAAUACAGCAUGGUAUGGAGUUAUCCCACUGUAUGAAAACACAACUCCAAACUCAACAGACUUUCCAGCACAAAUACGGUGUACUGUGCACGCUGUGAGUGGGGGGCCUGGCUGCAGGGCUUUCCUUGUGCCCCCAUGCAGAAAGGGCCCCCUGGGGAGCCGAUGCCAGCUGAGACUGAAAAACAAGGGUCUUAGAAGUAGCUCUCAUCAUGGCAGCAGAGAGCCCGGAGACAGAUGGUCCCAGGUCCUUCAUGCCUGCUGAGCUCCAGCAUCCCCACUCUAAGUAUUCUCAGUGGAAGUUUAAGCUGUUUAGGGUAAAGUCUAUGGAGAAGGCACCUCUGCAGAGUGAGACACAGCCCCAGAUAGGAGCUUCAUUAGGGAUCUCACCUCCCACCGCUCCAAAUAUAGAGACAGAUCAUGGUGCGGGACCGGCGAGUGUUAUGAAAUUGUGCCUUGGGGGAAAAAGCAAAGACAAUGUGGAGGGCCCCGGCAAGAGAGUGGAUAUGAAACUGCAGGAAAUGGACAUCCACAUGAACCAUCUCAGGUGCCUGUGCCGCAUCUGUGGAAUGGUCCUGAGGAAGGUCAAAGGACCAGUCCAUGAAGUUCAUGGAGAUCUGGAUGAGGCCAGCAAGUGUGUGCUCCGUAAAAUGGGCUGCAAGUUUACAAGCUGGCCAGAGGUCCUCCUGAAAGUUUUCAAGGUGGAUGUGAGAGAGGACGCCGAAUCCAUCCAACCUCUCUUCUUCUGCCAUCGCUGCUGGCUGACUGCCAUACGUGGAGGGGGUGUCUGCAGCUUCACCAGAACAAAAGUUCCUGAAUGGAAGCCCCACACCGCCCACUGCAACCUGUGCUCACCCAAAAAGUCAUCAUUUCAAAGGACAGGGAGAAAGAGGAGGAAGGUUGUUCCUAAAGUCCAGAGUUUGGCCAAAAGAGCCAGGUGGGACCACGGCGACAGCAUCGCUGUUGGCGAGAAGAGAGCCCUGAGACCCUUUGGAGACGGCCACAGUCCGGUGGUGAGGGCCUGGAAAAAAAACGGCAUCCAGAGAGAACAGUGGGUGAAGAACAUCACGCACUGCCAGAACGACCACCUGAACACCAAGCUAAUUGCAGAGAAGCUCCCCGUGGAUUUCAUCAUUGCCUUCACGUGCCUGGUGUGUGACCACCUGCUCUGCGACCCGGUCCAGUCCCCCUGCGGGCACCUCUUCUGCCGCAGCUGCAUUAUAAAAUUCACCCACGUUCUGGGACCUCACUGCCCUGCAUGCAACUUCUCUUGUGCCCCCGAUGAUCUCAUCCCUCCUGCCAAAACCUUCUUGUCAACCCUCUACUCUUUACCUCUGCUGUGUCCCUGCGAAGGUUGCGGCGAGCACGUGCAGCUGGGGUUGUUCAAGGCCCACUGUCUAAGCCACGAGUUGGGGAAAGGUGAAAGCAAACAACCAUCGCCGUUUCAAAGUUACCUGCUUAUCAAUAAGGGGGGAAGGCCCCGCCAGCACUUGCUCUCCCUAACCCGUCGCGCCCAGAAGCACAGAUUGAGGGAUCUGAAGAGCCAGGUGAAGGUGUUCGCAGACAAAGAGGAAGGAGGUGAUCUGAAGUCUGUGUGCUUGACACUGUUUCUGCUCGCUCUGAGAUCUGGGAAUGAACACCGGCAGGCAGAUGAGCUGGAGGCCAUGAUGCAAGGCAGAGGCUUUGGAUUGAGUCCUGCUGUGUGCUUGGCCAUUCGGGUCAACACAUUUCUGAGCUGCAGCCAGUACCAUAAGAUGUAUCGGACAGUCAAAGCUACAAGUGGCCGCCAGAUCUUUCAGCCCCUGCACACCCUCAGAGCUGCGGAAAAGGAGCUCCUCCCUGGCUUUCACCAGUUUGAAUGGCAGCCAGCUCUGAAAAACGUGUCCACGUCCUGCAGUGUCGGCAUCAUCAACGGGCUGUCGGGAUGGACCUCCUCACUGGAUGACUCCCCUGCCGACACCAUCACCCGGCGCUUCCGCUAUGACGUGGCGCUGGUUGCAGCGCUGAAGGAUCUUGAGGAGGACAUUAUGGAGGGGCUUAGAGACACCGGCAUGGAAGAUAGCGCUUGCACCCUGGGCUUUAGAGUCAUGAUAAAGGAGUGCUGUGACGGCAUGGGCGACGUUAGCGAGAAGCACGGUGGAGGACCAGCCGUUCCUGAGAAGGCUGUCCGUUUCUCUUUCACUGUCAUGUCGGUGUCCAUCCAGGCUGAAGAUGGUCAGGGGGAGGUCACAAUUUUCACAGAGCCGAAGCCCAAUUCGGAGCUUUCCUGCAAGCCCCUUUGUCUAAUGUUUGUAGAUGAGUCAGACCACGAGACUCUCACCGCUGUCUUGGGGCCUAUAGUUGCAGAGCGAAAUGCAAUGAAAGAGAGCAGGCUCAUUCUAUCCAUCGGCGGCAUGCCGCGCUCCUUUCGGUUCCACUUCAGGGGCACGGGGUAUGAUGAGAAGAUGGUGCGUGAGAUGGAGGGCCUGGAAGCGUCGGGAUCCACAUACAUCUGCACUCUGUGCGACUCCAGUCGGGCGGAGGCUGCUCAGAACAUGGUGUUGCACUCCAUCACCCGCAGCCAUGACGAGAACCUGGAACGUUAUGAAAUAUGGCGAACCAACCCUUUUUCUGAGUCUGUAGAUGAGCUGCGAGACAGAGUCAAAGGAGUCUCGGCCAAGCCCUUCCUGGAGACCCAGCCCACGCUGGACGCGUUGCACUGCGACAUAGGUAACGCCACUGAAUUCUACAAAAUCUUUCAGGAUGAAAUCGGGGAAGUGUAUAAAAGGCCCAACCCCAGCAGGGAGGAGCGGCGCACCUGGAGGGCAGCCUUGGACAAACAGCUGAGGAAGACGAUGAAGCUUAAACCAGUGAUGAGGAUGAAUGGGAACUACGCCCGAAGGUUAAUGACCAUGGAGGCCGCCGAGGUGGUUUGUGAACUGGUGCCCUCAGAGGAGAGGAGAGAGGCCCUGAGGGAGCUUAUGAGACUCUACCUCCAGAUGAAACCUGUGUGGCGUGCCACCUGUCCAGCAAAGGAGUGCCCUGACCAGCUGUGCCGGUACAGCUUUAACUCCCAGCGCUUUGCUGACCUGCUCUCCUCCACCUUCAAGUACAGGUACAAUGGAAAAAUAACCAAUUACCUGCACAAGACCCUGGCCCACGUGCCUGAAAUCAUCGAGAGAGAAGGAUCCAUAGGAGCCUGGGCCAGCGAGGGGAAUGAGUCCGCAAACAAACUGUUCCGGCGGUUCAGGAAGAUGAAUGCACGUCAGUCAAAGGCCUUUGAGCUGGAGGACGUGCUGAAACACCACUGGCUCUACACCUCCAAGUACUUGCAGAAGUUCAUGGAGGCUCACAAGGACUCUGCUAAAGCUUUCCAAGCAACAAUAGAUCCAGAAGAGAUGCCGGAAGAUGAGGAAAUGACUCUGGAAAUAACUGAGUUUUGAUUUGUUUUAGUUCUAACUCCUUGACUGAUUUAUUUUAAGUGAGUCAGUAAUCUGACGCUUACCUCAAUAUUUAUGUUUUAACUAUACGUUAAAACUUUAAGUGGAUUUGAACUGCCCUGUUUGGUUAACUGUCUGUUACUGGACUUCAGAAUAACAGAGGAAACUCAAUGUAAACUUAACAGAAGUUUCUUUUCUUUGCUUUUCCCCCUCUUCUUCUUUUUUUAAAACAUCUCUUCUGUCUGUGAAAUAUGGUGCAUUUUAUUGUAUUGCAAGGAUAUGACACAUUUAUGAAUUUAUACAGAGGGGAUAUUUAUGGAAGGAGAUGAAAGAGCUGUAAGUCAUGGAGUAAAAUUGUGUUAAAAAAGACCACAUUUGUGGCCACUGUAUUAAUAUAUCAUUUUAGCCAAAGGAAAAUGCAAUCACAGGGACCUAAAUGUUCUUUGUUUCAUGAGUGCCCUCUGAAAAAGAUGACUUUAGUGCUUUAUCGUAGGGUCCCCAGGGGCCAGAAUAGAUGCCGGGUCACUUUGAAGCAAUUUUUUAUCUCUUUUAGGCUUUGCACAGUGGAGGAUAGAUGAUAGUUAUUCGAAUUCUUCUCAUAAAAUGAAGCACAUACUGACCUUUUUGUUGAUAUCAUAGGAAUAUAGUGUGGUCCAUUAGAGAGCCUAAUACCCCAUGGACUCUCCAACAGGCAGGGAUUUUUCUUCACUUUUGUUUAUGACCUGGUUCCUUCUCUUCAGCAUUUCUGCAUUGUUGCCUUUGUUGACAGAGAAGAGUGAUGGGCGAGACCAAAACGUCUCAUUUUUUUAGGCAACUUUAUUUGUUUGAUUGAUUGAUUAUAUUGUCUUUUUCUGCCCUCCAUGAUUUUGAAUUGUGACAGGCAAUUUUCUCUUUCUUUCUUGAUUGAAUGUUGGGUUUUGUUUUACUGCCGUAUGUUUAAUGGUACAAAUGCAAUGAAAUAUUCACAUUUCAUCGGAAAGUUGUCAGAGCUCUACAAUAACAUCAUUUUUUAGAGAGCAUUACUUUGAAACUUGCCACAUAUUUGUUUUUGCAAUAACAAAUUGCAUUUCCAAAAUAAUAGAUGAUGGAUGAGUCACAAAAAGAUUUACCUCUUCUUGUUUUGCUCUGUUUUUCCUCAUUUUAUGCUUCCAGUCAUACACUAAACAUACACUCAGGAAAAUUAUAUAUAGGUUUUCUGUGAUGAUCUUCACAGAAGUUUCAAAAUAUUACACUACAGCUCUGCUGUCUUGUUUAGAUUAUCCUGUGUUGUCACUCAGCCUCACAAGCAAUGUCUUAAUGAAAAGUUACUGUUGUCCAUAAUGAAGUUUGAUGUAUUCAUUUUUGUAUUCAAAAUAAAUAAAUAAAUAAAGACAAUCUUUUCAUUA